GUCAUGGCUUCUCCAUCGUACGCCGUACACUCAUUAGCAACACUUCUCGCGGCGGCGCGCCUCUCUCAGCCCCGAAAAUCACACGGCGAGGCCGCUAUUAUUCGAGAACAUUUAGGAGGGUUUUCACUUCUCAAUGGCGACCGUAAAAUGGCGGACGAUGGGAAACAACAAGCGCAGCCGCCCGAGGCGCCUCCUACUGCUCAACUCGCGCAGUUCCCUUCAACGACGAGGAAGAAGAUGGCGGCGCUCAUCAGGCAUGGUUUACUCGCGAAUCCUUUUAAAAGUUCAUCCACUAUUCUUGUUUCAAACACGACGAGUUUCAGAUACGAUGUGACGCGAUUUAAGAGCUACAAGAAAUCGAAACCGGUCAAAAAAUCGACUCCCACUUUCGAAGACGAUACCGCGUCCCUAUCUACCAAAGGAUUUCUGAGGUAUCGGAAGGCAUACAAUCCACCGGAUGAUGUAUCCAAUCGCAUAAACAAAAUAUGCGAGGAACAAAACAUUUCGGCGAGCAACGAGACAAAAGUCAACGAUCUGUUGCAGCGUUUUAAUCUUUUCCUAGCGUGUGAACGAGAAUUUGAUCAUUUAUUGACCAAUUCUAAUUUAUGUUUCAUCGAAACAAUUGCCGACUUGAAAGAAUAUUAUCAGACACCAGUCGGAAAUGCGACUCCAUUGGAAGCAAUGCGUAAAAUGGAUCUGCCACCGAAUUUGCAUAUUAAUUACGAUUAUGUUCGAUUCCAUCCUGAUACGGAUACAAUGUUUAAUGGAAAAACAGCAUUCCCAGAGAGUUCCACUUUGGUAACUGGUCUGAAAUACAAGAAGAAAUACCCUGGACAUCAACAGGAGAAUCCUUACCUGAAAUAUAUGCUUAAGAUUUAAGUAUUAAAGAACAUACAUGUAUAAUUAUUAAGUGUAUAAUUGAAAUAUAAAUAAACCUGUUCUUUAUAA